AGCUUGGACCAAAACGCCCUUAAGCGCGGCAUCUACCAGCCAUUAGUGGUUGCUGCGGUGCCUCUACGCCACCAGUAUAGCUGCAGAACGACCACGCAAGUUUCGGCUGGCGAAUCGCGGUCAAACCGGACCUACAAGCACUUGACGCCUCAGUGCCUGUGCAAGAGCUCUCACGCGACGUACAAGAGCUGCUCACGCGACGUCAACAUGACCCUCCGCGGCGUGCUCACGCUGCUGCUCUGCGCCCACGCUGCGGCACUCGUAACACCACCGCGACGACGACAACACACGCUCUGUCAAGCGAAGAAGAAGGAAAAGAAGGGCUUUGACUACAAGCCUCCGCCCAAGCCGCCGGCGAAAAAGGCCCUCACCGACGACGUCGGUGUGGCGGCCGCGACGACGCCCGAGGGCAACUCACAACUUUUGCAGACCUUGCUGGCGGAAGAAAAGGACCGCGCCCAAGUGCAAACGGAAGCCAUGGAGGAUUUGAAGGAGCGCGACGCCUACGUCGCCGAAAAGGGAGUGGAAGCCGCAAGGGUGCCCGACGCCGUCGCCAAUAGGAUGAUCCUGCGCAUGGCGACGUUCGGGGGCGUCCCCGUGUUCCUGGGCAUCGGCGUGUUUGUGUGGUUCUACUUCCAGGCGACAAAUGAGGACAACGUCUUCCAGCCGACGGCGGUCGCGGCCGCGACGACCGUGCCCUGGGUGCUGGGGUUGUUGGGGAUCGGCUUCGGCGCUUUGUCGGCGUCCUGGGACGAGGAGGACGAGGGCUCGGCGCUCGGCGUCGACGAGAUCAAGCUGAACGUGGGGAGACUGGUGGACGGCGUCCAGCGCUCGGCGAAGGACGAGCUGAUGCGCGAGAAGAUGGAUAAGGAGUAG